GUCCCAAAAAGGAGAAAAGACGAGUCUCCUAUAAAGCCCCUCUGGUGGCAGCAGCGAACUGGGGUUUGCAGCCUUGCACCCGAGGGGACUUCAGUGUCAGCCUGGGCAGGACCAGCGCCGGUGCCAACAACUACACCGCCUCCGUCGACGAGCCACCCAGCGAACCACCCAAAAAACAUGGCGCCUUUUGAGAAAUCGAUGGAGAUGAUGCCUUUUAAGCAAAGAAAAUGUCUGGAAACAAGAAAAGAUGAAGUAUGCAGUAUUCGGUCUAAAUUCCCCAACAAGUUGCCUGUGAUUGUGGAGCGUUACAUCCGAGAGAAGUCAUUGCCAUUACUGGACAAGACAAAGUUCCUAGUUCCCUUCGAGCUCACCCUGGGUCAGUUCCUCUGUUUACUAAGAAAUAAGAUCGCCCUGGACUCCACCCAGGCUCUCUUUCUCCUGGUGGCCGAGAAGAGCAUGUCCUGCAUGUCCUCCAGCAUGGGAGAGGUGUAUUCCCGCUACAGAGAUCAAGAUGGCUUCCUGUACAUCACCUACGCCUCCCAGGAAAUGUUCGGAGCCCUCCAGCCCGCAGCGGCUGUUACCUGCUGAGCCUGAAACGCAGAGUCAGGCCUGCACUCCCACCUACCUCACAGCCUGGGACACAACAGUACAUCAUCGCCUGUGUAUGCACUCCGAUUCAUCUCUUACUGCCCAGGUGAAGCUGCUCCCCUGUGACUGCGAGACGAAAAACAAACCCAGCCACAUUGAUAUGAGCGCAGGGCACAUUUCUUUGUAGCACUUAUGUCUUCUCCCACACCUCCUUAUUUGAUGGCCUCAUUCUUCUC